GGGUAGGCGCAUGCGUUGGGUGUGCGCGUCCAGAGCGCUGGCGUCCUUCGCCCAGGCAGAAGUCAGAGGUGAGAAAUGGAGUCGAUAUAUCUUCAGAAGUGCCUUGGGACAUGUCUAACUCAAGGUCUUGCAGAAGUGGCAAGAAUUCGCCCAGUGGAUCCAAUAGAAUAUUUAGCAUUGUGGAUUUACAAAUAUAAGGAAAAUGUGACCAUGGAGCAACUGAGACAGAAGGAAAUGGUCGACUUGGAGCAUGAGAGAGAACUAGCUGUGAUAGAGCAGAAAAUGAUGGAGAGGCUCAAAGCAGAGGAGCUCCUGUUCCAGCAGCAACAGCUGGAGUUCCAGCUGGAGUUGGAAAUGCAAGAGAAAGAGAGACAAAGAAUAGAAGAACUACAGACAGCUCAAGAACAAUUAGAGACGGAGAUGAGAAUGAAUAUAGAAAAUAUAGCUAAGAGUGAAGAUAGUUCACAUUCAGAGGAUGUAACAUCAGACUCAGGCAAAACACUAGCUGAAAUUAGUGAUCGAUAUGGGGCACCUAACCUGAGCAGAGUGGAAGAACUUGAUGAGCCGAUACUAUCUGAUGUUGCAUUAAACAUUGAUCAAGAUUUCUAGGAUCAACAAACCUAAGAGCAAUAAAUCUUUCUGCUUGUUUCAAGUUUCAAAA